AUUCAGACUAUAAACACAUGGAAAGGUCGCUUUGGAUGUAAGACGAAGCUAUACUAAUACUCUGAUGUUUCUUCGUUUUCCUCUUGAUUGUCAGUAUAAGUUGGAAAAUGAGCUGUUUUAGAUAUGCUAAUAGGUUUAGGAAUACAACGUUGUUACAUUCAUUUCCAUUUCCUUUUAAAGAUAUAACAUCUAAAUCAUGUGUAAGAUGCACUGCUUUUCACUGUGGAGCAACUUCAUUGACAGUGGACAAACUAGACCCGAUGUCGCAUCCUAUGCCUACAGAAUUCCCUUGCACACAUAUGAUAUACAAAAUACCUGAUUAUUUUCCAAGAACAGCUUUGGUAGACAGCUCAGAUUCUUAUUCAUAUGUAUUUAUUUACGCUAAAAGUGUGUCUCUUGCGAGAAGGAUGUAUGAUGCUUAUGAUCCAUUGAAAAGAGACAAAACCAACGUGAUUGCAUUCUUUUACGACAAUGAUGUGAACUAUGUGGUUAUGCUGUGGGCUAUAUGGAUGUUGGGCGCUGUUGCACUUCCAUUAAACCAUGCAUAUCCCACAGAAGACCUAGAGUAUUUUUUAACAGAUUCUAUGGCUUCACUCUUACUGACAACACAAAAUCACAAAGAGAAAGCUGUCAGUUUUUCACAUCUUGGCCCAACCCCUGUUGUAUACCAAAGUAUUACCAGCAAUGAAAACCUAGCUUUUGAAAGGUAUGACGACUUGGACUUUGCCAUUGGGGAGCAGUGGUUUCUACAGAAACCAGCUUUAAUGAUUUAUACCAGUGGUACAACAGGAAAACCUAAGGGAGUUCUUUUGUCUCAUACAAAUUUACAUAUCAAUAUACUUGGGAUGAUUGAUGCCUGGAGAUGGAUAGGAGAUGACAGAAUCGUUCAUUCUCUGCCUCUGAACCAUGUUCAUGGUGUGGUCAAUGCUCUGCUGACCCCGCUGUAUUGUGGAGCUACAGUUUACAUGUUGCCAAAGUUUGAUGCAAAAGUAAAACUACAUGUAGUCUUUGAGAGAUUUUUAGAAAGGAAUGAAGAUUAUAUAACACUUUUUAUGGGUGUUCCAACAAUGUAUUCUCUAAUGAUCAAGUACUACGAUGAAACAUAUGGAAGUGCAUCUGAGGACACAAAAGAAGCCAUCAAGGAACAACUUCAAAAAAUGAGACUGUUUGUGAGUGGUUCAGCUGCUCUCCCUGUUCCUGUCUUGAACAAGUGGAGAGAGAUCUCUGGCCAUACCCUACUGGAGAGAUACGGAAUGACUGAGAUAGGAAUGGCUCUCACUAAUCCAUACAAAGGCCAAAGGGUGCCAGGAGCUGUUGGUUUACCAUUUAAAUACGUGAACUUCAUGAUUGGAGUGUACAAUGCCUAUGUGAAGGGUGAAUAUGAGGUGAUUGUUGAGGGCAAUCAAAAAGAGGUCACGGUCACAGAAGGUAAAGAGGGACAAGAAGGGGAACUCUUGAUAAAGGGCCUCAAUGUGUUUAGUGGUUAUUGGAAUGCACCACACAAAACCACAGAAUCUUUCACUUCUACUGGCUGGUUUAAAACAGGAGACAUGGCUGUAUAUGAAAAUGGUGUGGUAAAAAUGAAAGGCAGACUGUCUGUAGACAUCAUUAAAUAUGGAGGAUACAAAAUUAGUGCUCUGGAAAUAGAGGAUGUGCUUCAACAGAACCCAGACAUCCAGGAGUGCUGUGUUAUUGGGGUUUCAGACAUUACUUGGGGACAAAAAGUGGUGGCCAUUGUGGCCUUGAAAUCAAAUGGAAAUACCUUGACUCAAGAAACAUUGCAAGAAUGGGCAAGAGAAAGACUACCUAAACAUAAAGUUCCAAGUGUUUUCAAGUUUGUUGAUCAAAUUUCUAGAAACAAUAUGGGUAAAAUAAACAAGAAGGACAUUACCAAGCAGUACUUUGGACCCAAAAGAAAAUGAUUUAUCACAUGUAUUUAUAAAAAUUUGUGUUUAAUUUUAACCUUUUUUUCAAAACUGUCAUGAAUAAAUCAAUAAAAUUGUCUUGAAUAAAUCAGUAUAUUUUU